AUGCCAAGCGCCAAUUUAAACCAUCAAUUGACCCUAGACACGCUUCCUGCUCCGCUAUUCAGCCUUCUGAACGGUGAGAUCAAGCAAGACACUCGGCUGACAAGCGUGAUGUCUUGCAUAGCGGAUCUCAAUGCGCUCGCUACAGUUCUGCGUGCCGAGCUAGCCACCAAUGGCGACGCCAUCUGGGAUGACGAAGAGCGAAUGGGGUUUCUCAUGAAUCCGGUCGCUUACCACCUUCUGCGGCAACAACCAGCGAUAUCAGGGAGGCGGGUGCAACGCUCGGACAUGAUAUCAGAGGCCUUACGACUCGGUUCUACCGUUUGGAUCAUUGAAGUGAAGCGGAGAUGUCGCUCUUAUCCUGGGACUGCCAGAUCAUGGGUCUCAGCAUUGCUAAACAUACUAUCUGAGGAUACUGAUUUGCAGAGUAUCUGGAGUAGGGAUUCUCACCUGCAAACCGUCCGCCUUUGGCUUCUCAUACUCUGUGGUAUCGGCGAAACCAGUGACCAAGACCAUGAACUUGCUAUGAGGAUGAUAGUUGGCGUUAUCAAGAAGCAUAGGCUGGCCUCAUGGAAGGGUAUCAUGGUAGAUAUUCGCCGGAUGCCCUGGCUUGAUAUAUUUGAGUCUCGCUGCGCAACACUCGGGCAGCAGAUCAAGGGGAAUUUCACAUGA